AUGCGUCAUCAGCGGAGUUCGAAGGACUCAACAAUCACAGAGCGUGCCGCAGGGGGUGCCGUCGCGGGAGGACGUCAACGGACGCUCUUCCGGCAAAUAACAUCAUCACAAAGCAACAACAACAAAAACAGUGCCACCACCAAUAACCAUACCACCAACACUGCCACCAAUAACAAUACCACCACCAAUAACAAUACCACCACCGCCACCAAUAACAAUAUCACCACCACUGCUACCACCACCAUCAACACCACCAAUAACAAGACCAUCAACAACACUGCCAGCAAUAACAAUACCACCACCACUGCUACCAACACCACCAACACUACCAAAAAUAACAAUACCACCAACACCACUGCCACCAACACCACCACCAAUAACAAUAUCACCACCACUGCUACCACCAUCAACACCACCAAUAACAAUACCACCACCACUGCUACCAACACCACCAACACUACCAAAAAUAACAAUACCACCAAUACCAUCAACACUACCAAAAAUAACAAUACCACCAAUACCAUCAACACCACUGCCACCAAUAUCACCACCAACACCACCACUGCUACCACCAUCAACACCACCAAUAACAAUACCACCACCACCACUGCUACCAACACCACUGCCACCAACAACAAUACCAAUAACAAUACCACCACCAUCGUCUCCACCAAUAACAAUACCACCAUCACUGCUACCAACACCACCACCAAUGCCUCCAACAACAAUACGACCACCAUUAACAUCACCACCAAUACCAUCACCAACAAUGCGCUCAACAAUACCAGCACCAAUACCAUCAACACCACCACCAAUACCAUCAACACCACAACCAAUAACAAUACCACCACCAAUACCAUCAACACCACCACCAUCAACAAUGCCACCACCAAUACCAUCACCACCAACAAUGCCCCCAACAUCACCACAAAAACCACCAAUACCAUCAAUAACAAUACCACCAUCACCAAUAAUAACAUCAACACCACAAAAAAAACACAACCACCACCCGUAAUACCAUCCCUAACAACAAUGACAAUACCACCAUCAAUACCAUCAGCAACAAUACCACAACCACGAAUACCAUCAAUAACUAUCACCACCACUAACAAUGCCCCCAACACCAUCAAUAACAAUACCGCCACCAACUAUGUAGUGCAAGGGCCUGCCUGA